CCGGCUGGAGCCGCGGGAAACAGGAAGCUGGGGGAGGCGCGGCCGGACGGCGGGGAGGCAGGGCGCGCGGGGGGCCAGCCGGACUCGAGGCCGCCCGGGCGGCGAUGAGGGGAGGCCCGGGCAGCCCCGGCGGCGGCGUGGACGGGGACGGAGCCGGGAGCGCCGGGGGCGCCGGGGACACCGCGCCUUUGCGCCGGCGGAGCCGCCGCCCGAGCGCAGAACCCGGCGCCCGAGGCGGCUGCGGGGCGCGGGACCCCGAGGACGCGACCAUGCCGGGCGGCGCCGAGGCGGGGGAGGCGGAGGAGGAGGCUGGGGCCGGUUCGGGGUCCGAGGCGGAGGAGGACGCCCUAUGGGAACGGAUCGAGGGCGUCCGGCACCGGCUGACGCGCGCCCUCAACCCGGCCAAGCUCACGCCGUACCUGCGCCAGUGCCGGGUCAUCGACGAGCAGGACGAGGAGGAGGUGCUGAGCACCUACCGCUUCCCGUGCCGCGUCAACCGCACGGGGCGCCUCAUGGACAUCCUGCGCUGCCGUGGCAAGAGGGGCUACGAGGCCUUCCUGGAAGCCCUGGAGUUCUACUACCCCGAGCACUUCACGCUGCUCACUGGCCAGGAGCCGGCCCAGCGCUGCUCCAUGAUCCUGGAUGAGGAGGGCCCUGAGGGCCUGACCCAGUUCCUGAUGACCGAGGUGCGGCGGCUGCGGGAGGCUCGAAAGAGCCAGCUGCAGCGGGAGCAGCAACUGCAGGCUCGAGGCCGGCUGCUGGAGGAGGAGCGGGCAGGACUGGAGCAGCGGCUGCGGGAGCAGCAGCAGGCUCAGGAGCGCUGCCAGCGGCUGCGGGAGGACUGGGAGGUGGGCAGCCUGGAGCUGCUGCGGCUCAAGGAUGAAAACUACAUGAUCGCCAUGCGCCUGGCACAGCUCAGCGAGGAGAAGAACUCGGCCGUCCUGCGCAGCCGGGACUUGCAGCUGGCGGUGGAUCAGCUGAAGCUGAAGGUGAGCCGGCUGGAGGAAGAGUGUGCGCUGCUCCGCAGGACCAGGGGGCCACCCCCCGGGGCAGAGGAGAAGGAGAAGGAGAAGGAGAAGGAGAAGGAGCCGGACAGCGUGGACCUGGUCUCUGAGCUGCGUGCAGAGAAUCAGCGGCUGACAGCGUCCCUGCAGGAGCUGCAGGAGGGGCGGCAGCAGGAGGCAAGCCGGCCAGGGGCCCCAGGCUCAGAGCGCAUCCUCUUGGACAUCCUGGAGCAUGACUGGAGGGAGGCGCAGGACAGCAGACAGGAGCUGUGCCAGAAGCUGCACACGGUGCAGGGGGAGCUGCAGUGGGCUGAGGAGCUCCGGGACAAGUACCUGCAGGAGAUGGAGGACCUGCGGCUGAAGCACCGCACGCUGCAGAAGGACUGCGACCUGUACAAGCACCGCAUGGCCACCAUCCUGGCCCAGCUGGAGGAGAUUGAGAAGGAGCGGGACCAGGCCAUCCAGAGCCGCGACCACAUCCAGCUGCAGUACUCGCAGAGCCUCAUCGAGAAGGACCAGUACCGCAAGCAGGUGCGGAGCCUGGAGGCCGAGCGGGACGAGCUGCUGACCACGCUCACCAGCCUGGAGGGCACCAAGGCCCUGCUGGAGGCGCAGCUGCAGCGGGCCCAGGGCGGGCCCUGCCUCAAGGCCUGCACCUCCUCCCACUCCCUGUGCUCCAACCUCAGCAGCACCUGGAGCCUGAGCGAGUUCCCCUCCCCGCUUGGAGGCCCAGAUGCAGCCGGGGAGGCCACUGUCCUGGGGGGAUCCGAGCCCCACAUCUCGGAGGAGGCUACAGACAAUGAGAAAGAGAUCAACCGGCUGUCCAUCCUGCCCUUCCCUCCCAGCGCAGGCUCCAUCCUCCGCCGGCAGCGUGAGGAGGACCCUGCACCUGCUAAGAGGUCCUUCAGCAGCAUGUCCGACAUCACAGGGAGUGUAACGCUUAAACCCUGGUCCCCCGGCCUCUCCUCAUCCUCAUCCUCCGACAGUGUGUGGCCACUGGGAAAGCCGGACGGUCUCCUGGCCAGAGGCUGCGGCCUGGAUCUCCUCGGCAGGUCUCUGGCCAUACAAGUGUCUGGCCGGAGCCCCCCGGGGGGACCCGAACCCCAGGACAGAGGUCCAGAUGGCCUGCCUCUCCUUGGGGACAGCUGGUCCGGGACGGUGGUGCGGAGGGUGCUCUCUGGGCCUGGGUCUGCGUCUGCCAGGGUGGAACCAAGAGAGCCAAGGGCAGAGGCUGCUGGCCCGGAGGGGGCCGGCCUGGAAGGUGAGGCCCAGCGGAGGACCUUGACCUGGAACCAGGUGUCCACACUCCCCUUCCUGAUGGAUUCUAAGGCUUGCCAGUCCUUCCACGAGGCCCUAGAAGCCUGGGUGAAGGGGCUGGGCGCCGAGCCCUUCUACAUUCGAGCCAACCUCACUCUGCCCGAGCGGGCAGACCCCCACGCCCUGUGUGUGAAAGCCCAGGAGAUCCUGCGGCUGGUGGACCCGGUGUACAAGCGGCGGCAGGAGUGGUUCUGUGCACGGGUCGACCCCCUCACGCUGCGGGACCUGGAUCGGGGAACAGUGCCCAAUUAUCAGAGAGCCCAGCAGCUCCUGGAAGCUCAGGAGAAAUGCCUGCCCUCCAGUCGGCCUCGAGGGCCCCGCAGUAAUCUGAAGAAGCGAGCUCUGGACCAGCUGCGGCUGGUGAAGCCCAAGAAUGCCGGCAGUCCUGCCGGGGACUCCCCGGAGCAGCUGCUGCUGGAGCCCUGCUCAGAUCCGGAGUGGAGCCUCAAACCCUACAGCCUGGUGCGGCCGCUGCUGGUGCCCUCCCUGCGGCCCGUGGUGCUCUUGCCCGAGUGCCUGGCACCUCGGCUCAUCCGCAACCUGCUAGACCUGCCCAACUCCCGGCUGGACUUCCAAGUGUGCCCAGCGGAAAGCCUGUCUGGGGAGGAACAGUGCGCACCCUCAGCUCCCGGAGCCCCCAAGGCCCGUCCUGCCACCCCUGGGCUGGGCAGCAGGAUUCGUGCCAUCCAGGAGUCUGUUGGGAAGAAGAAGCACUGCCUGUUGGAGCUGGGCACGCGGGGCGUGCGGGAGCUGGUCCAGAAUGAGAUCUACCCCAUCGUCAUCCACGUGGAGGUGACCGAGAAGAAUGUCCGGGAAGUCAGGGGUCUGCUGGGCCGGCCGGGCUGGCGGGACUCGGAGCUGCUUCGGCAGUGCCGCAGCUCGGAGCAGGUGCUCUGGGCGCUGCCCUGCUCCUGGGUGCGGGUGCCCGCCCACGCGUGGGCCCACUCGGAGGAGCUGGCCAAGGUUGUCCGCGGCCGCAUCCUGCAGGAGCAGGCCCGCCUCGUGUGGGUGGAGCGAGGCAGCAGCAGGGGCUGCAGCAGCAGCAGCAGCGAGGCCUGAGGGCCCCUUCGGGGCGGCGACUUCCUCGCACACUCAGAUGCCCCCAGGAGACCCUGCUGUCUGUGGCGGAGCUGAGUGUGCGACAUCCUCCGUGUCCUGAGCCUUCCCAGGCCCUUGGGCUCUGCUCCGGGCUGUCACCGAGGGAUCCUGCCGGAGCCGGAGCCGGAGCCUGAGCGGGAGCCCUCCGACAGCUUCCACCCUCCGGCCCUUACCUGCUGCUUGGGGCCUUCCUGCGAGCCCUCCGGUCUCCGCGUCCCCACUUGUGGGUCUGUGUCCCUCCGUCACUGCCCACCCGAGCGCCUGGGUUCGCACUACUGUGUACUGUUGUGUACACCCAAGUUCUCACGGGCAGGCUCCUGUCUGCCUGUCCCAGGCACUCGAGGUCUCCCAGGCUCUCAGCCUGUUCUGCUCACAGGAGCCCCGAGCCCGCCCUUUGUGACCCCCCCCCCCCCCGUCAGUCACAUUUCUGUGUGUAGCUCCACACGUGGGCAUUGUAGCUGCCCCGGUCCACUGUCACCUGUGCCCACGUCUCGUGUCUUCAGGUCACACACGUGUCCGUGGUUCUCUCUCCUGUGUAAAUGUCAUGUCCCCCACCCCCAUGACACUCGGGCACUUAACACGCGUGUGUUCCCGGUGAGCACACCCAGGACCAUGUUCUCACAGCACCUCCUCCCUGCCCUGCCGCCUCCCAGAGGGACAGGUGGGGAGGGGCCCAGCUGCUCCGGCACCAGAAUGUACGGCUCGUUUGAAUGGGCCCUUUUCACUCAGAAGCUGCACAUUAUGGAACAUUAAACAGUUUGUCAUAGAA